GCGAAGGAAGUCAGUGAGGUAUGUCAAGAAGUGCAAAAUGUGGGAGAUAAGCUGUGUUGGCGUCUCGUCCAACAGUACUCGUAGGUAUCUACCUGGUACUUACCUAGGUAGUCUUAUUGGAGACUUUCUCCAGCGGCAGGCCUGCCGCGACUUCUGACAAGCGCAUACAAACCCUUCCUCUCAUGCUAAGAUGCUGCGCUCUUGUUCGACAGACCUAUCUACGUUGGGACAAGCCAGACAAGACAUUGGCCCCCAUCAGGGUCAGGCUUGGCAGUUUCCCGAGAACAUCUCAACCGGGUCACCGCCCUUCCUUGUGGACGACGUUCGAAGUCGAAGAUGACCCUCUGCAGUUCUUGUAGCAGCAUCACACUACAGUCGCUAUCAGAGGGACAAGGUCACUUGCUACAUGACCGUUGGUUAUCUCUGGAGAAGGCCGCUGAGAUAUGUGCACUCUGCCAUCUUCUCGUAGAUUACCUGCGUCCAGAGAUCGAUUCGACUCCCUUCACAGAGAUACUCCGUGAUCCAACCUACGAACAGCAUCGUUCCCGAAUUCCUAUAGUCGCCAGAUACUCUCGUGGUCUGCAGCUGCCUGGAGAAGAGCAUGCGUUGCAGGAGAGGCCAAGCCAGAGAUCUUAUCUCUCUAUCACUUGCGGGCCCCAAAGUAUCGACGUGGAAGUAGCAGGUGAAUCUCCAAAUCACCACCUGCAACAUGCACCGUUGAGUGAUUCCCUGCAAGGCGUGCGUGUCACAGUCAGUGUGCCAAUCUAUGUCUAUCCCGGAGAUCCUUUGGCGUCUUCCGGCAUUCAAGUUCGCGAACCCCUGGCUUCAACACCGCUCGACUCGAGUCUCAUCGCAAAGGUCAAGCAGUGGAGAUCUCACUGUCUAGAAGCACACCCCGAGUGUCACGCAAUUGAUCCGAUGAGAAGACGCUACCCAUCGAGGCUGUUACAUCUAGGCAAUGUCAACUCAGGAGCGGUACAACUCAUUCGGACAACGCCAUCUUUUCAACAUGCCUUCGUUGCUUUGAGCUAUUGCUGGGGGAAGUCGGCUGGGGACUGGAUAGAGUAUGCCAAGGAGUGCCAGCGAGGUAUGGACCCUCACAUCGAGAUAUGCCGGAUGCCACAGACACUACAAGACGCCGUCACAAGUGCAGUCGCUCUGGGUUUCGAAUAUCUAUGGAUCGACUGUCCGUGCAUUCUUCAAGGGAACAUGAAGGACUGGCUGGAUGAAGGAUCCAGGAUGUGCGAUAUCUACAGCAACUGCGCUCUCGUCAUUUCAGCCAGCGACUCUGGAGAUUGUCGCAACGGAUUUCUCGUUCAUCGAUCCCAACUUCAGCGUGAAGGUGUCGUGGUACCGUGUGGUGAUUAUUUCGGCGCCAUAGGUAAUCUGCAUGUCUGUCCGCCAGGGACGCCAUUCGAUGAGAUCGUUGGACGUGGGCCCGUUGCACGACGAGCUUGGUGCCUUCAAGAGCGACAGAUCUCGAGGCAAGUACUACAUAUAACCCAGAGGGAGGUGUUUUUCGAGUGCGUAAAAUGCCUUCGGCACGAGAGUGAGAGAGUUCCAGAUGAGGAGUUCGACCCUGAUGAUCAAUUCCGGCGCUUUCAUGUUUCCCUCAACCGGGAGGGCACCACCUCAAAUUGGAUGGUAUCUGGAUGACGAAAAGCAUGAUAUGGACGUCAAGACCAUGAUCACCUGCCUCAAAAUCGCUGAUACUAGAACAAGUCGAGGAUGGAGUCAAGCAUGA